CACGCUCGCCUGACUUUCUCCAUGACGGCUCCAUCUCAGCUUCAGCUGGACCAGCAAACCGACAUAAGCUGAGUUUGCACGAAGUAUCAUCCUUCAAGCAACAAAAACAACUAGAGGAUUCUCCAACCACUUCAAAUCCUUUAUUAGCAUCUCAAGAAGCGAGCGUGUUGAAGCCCAUGAGAUAGCUGUCAUCUGUCGUCACCACAGAGGCAGAGGAGAAAUAACAACAUCAAACCCGGCAAACAAAGAGGUCCUUUUUCCAGCGGCAUCAUUUUUCCUCCGUAUUCCAUAGUUAUGAGUCAUGUGGCCGUCGAAAAUGCCCACGGUCUAGAACAGCAGCUCGCUGUCCUAGACUUGAGCGCAGCAGACGGUCAAGGUGGAGGAACAAACCGGCGAUAUAUUCCUCCACAUUUACGGAACAAAGAUGCUUCCAAAAAUGCAGGAAACGCCUUCGCUGCUGGACGACAGGGCGGCUACACUAUGGCACCUGCGGCCAACUACGGCUGGGACGGAGGCCGCAACAACUUUGUCAACGGCUACCACGACAAUCGCAUGGCCGGCAACUCGUUCAACCGGGGCCCGCCGCGCAUGGAGCGGGGCCGGGGCGGCGUCGGAGGCGGCGGUUACCGCGGCAACAGGGGCGGCUCCUUCAAUCCCAUCAACCCGGCGCAGCCAAUGAGCUUCGAUGCUGGAGGCUGGAACACAGCCAAGGACGCCUAUAGCAGUUUUGGAAACAACCGAGGGAAGUCUGCAUUCUUCAACGACAGAGGCAAUGCUAACAGAGGGAGGUUCGACCACGGUGGGUUCGGAGGUGGCGGAGGAGGAGGAAACAGCCGCUGGGUGGAGGAGUCCAGAGACGACGGAGACUGGUCCAAACCGACGGCACGGAACGAACGCCUUGAACACGAGCUGUUCUCCGGUAGUAACACUGGCAUUAACUUUGAGAAAUACGACGACAUUCCUGUUGAGGCGACGGGACAAAACUGCCCUCACCACAUCGAGAGUUUCCAGGAUGUGGACAUGGGGGAAAUCAUUAUGGGGAACAUCGCCCUGAGUCGGUAUACCAGACCAACCCCAGUCCAGAAGUACGCCAUUCCUAUCGUCAAGUCCAAGAGAGACCUCAUGGCCUGCGCGCAGACAGGAUCUGGAAAGACAGCGGCGUUCCUGCUGCCGAUCCUGAGCCAGAUCUACACCGACGGGCCAGGAGAAGCUCUGAAUGCAGCUAAAGCCUCCGGACAGGAGAAUGGAAAGUACGGCCGUCGCAAGCAGUACCCCAUCUCUCUGGUCCUGGCCCCCACCAGAGAACUGGCCCUGCAGAUAUACGAUGAAGCCAGGAAGUUCUCUUACCGCUCCAGAGUGCGCCCCUGCGUGGUGUACGGAGGAGCAGACAUUGGCCAGCAGAUCCGGGACCUGGAAAGAGGCUGCCACCUGCUGGUGGCAACUCCGGGGAGACUCGUGGACAUGAUGGAGAGAGGCAAGAUCGGGCUGGACUACUGCAAAUACCUCGUCCUGGACGAGGCUGACCGCAUGUUGGACAUGGGCUUCGAGCCGCAGAUAAGACGCAUCGUCGAACAGGACACCAUGCCGCAUAAAGGCAUCCGGCAGACCAUGAUGUUCAGCGCCACCUUCCCGAAAGAGAUCCAGAUCCUGGCCCGGGACUUUCUGGAGGAGUACAUCUUCCUGGCCGUGGGCAGAGUGGGCUCCACCUCGGAGAACAUCACCCAGAAGGUGGUGUGGGUGGAAGAGAGCGACAAGAGGUCUUUCCUCCUGGACCUGCUGAGCGCCACAGUCAUUCCCAGCGAGGUACAGGACAAUACUGGAGACAACAUAGAGAAACCUGGGAAGGACUCGCUGACUCUGGUUUUCGUGGAAACCAAGAAGGGCGCCGACGCCUUGGAGGACUUCCUGUACCGCGAGGGCUACGCCUGCACCAGUAUCCACGGCGACCGCUCCCAGAGAGACCGGGAGGAGGCCCUGAGUCAGUUCAGAUCGGGGAAGUGCCCCAUCCUGGUGGCCACAGCGGUAGCGGCUCGCGGUCUGGACAUCUCCAACGUGAAGCACGUCAUCAACUUCGACCUGCCCAGUGACAUAGAGGAGUACGUCCAUCGCAUCGGCCGCACGGGACGCGUAGGAAACCUGGGGCUGGCCACGUCGUUUUUCAACGACAAAAACGGGAACAUCACUAAAGACCUGCUGGACAUCCUGGUGGAGGCCAAGCAGGAGGUCCCCUCCUGGCUGGAGAGCCUCGCCUACGAACACCAGCACAAGAGUAGCAACCGAGGUCGCUCCAAGAGGUUCUCCGGUGGGUUCGGAGCGCGCGACUACCGUCAGACGGCGGCCGGAGGGAACGCCGGAGGCUUCGGGGGACGCGGCGGUCGCAACCAGGCCGGGCAUGGAGGGAACCGCGGAUUCGGAGGAGGCGGAUUUGGUAACUUUUACACCAGCGACGGCUACGGAGGCAACUACUCGCACUCUCAAGUCGACUGGUGGGGCAACUAGGUGUCUCCCUCCCUCCCCCCCUCCCUCCUCUUUUCACUCCUCCAUCCUCCCCCUCCACUGUUGUCUCCGACCUUUCUCUGUCUUGCCACCUCCAUCAACUCCCCCCCCCCAAACCCACAUGCAUGUUACUGAACAAGUUAUAGUCAUUUAUAUAGCCUUUCCUUCAAACCCCGUUUGUUUCUGUCUCUUGAGUUCCUCCUGAUUUUUUUUUUCAUUACUUAUGUGCUUUUCUGUCUUCACCUCCUGUCCUCACAAAGGUUUCCCCCCCUUUGUGUUUCUUACUUCUGGGUUUCUCCUCUUGAGAUCGGCCACAUUGUGAAGAGAGUUGUAAGAUUUAGCGUCGGGGUGGGGGGGUGGGGGGGCUGCGAAAAGAGGGAAACCACUGUUUCACUUUAGAUUUGGUCUCCAUUGUGUUUUCUGUCUGCAUUCACCCAGAUCCAGUCCUUUGUAUUUAGCGCAUGGCCGUGUUGUAAAUCACAGGCCCAACGGACUUUUCUAAAACAUAGAUAUAGACGAGCCGUCAAAGCAAACUACGUCUGCAUUUAAACAGAAAAAUAGGAACUGGCUGAGGUCUCCCUUCACUCGUGACGAUGCAUUAAAGGGGCCAGUCAGACGUUAGGUUUUUUUUUUUCCUUUUCUUUUCUUUUUCUCUCUCUUUCUCUCUCUCUCUCUCCACAUUUUCAAGUGAUGAGUUACUGAGGUUUGAGGAAGACGUCCAGGCAACAAGGGGCCGGACGAACCGAAGCACCCAGUCAGGGAAAUGCCAGCCAGACGCCGGUGAACAGUCAUAGGACGCCUUGGUCGCUGACCACAAAACGGCAUUUCUUUGUUUAUUAAUGGAGAAUCAAUUGUUUCUGUACUGUGCCUUUUAAGAGUAGGAACGUUCUCUUUCCUUUCCGUUGUUUUUUUUUUUCGAUUGCCAUAAUACGCAACUGGCUACAAGCACCGGCCAACAGCAACAACAACAACAACAACAAAAAUUGUAUUUAAUGUCACGUAUGGGUUCAAACAUGUUUUUCUUUAUUUCCAUUGGAAGGAAACAAACUAGGCUUGAACUAAAUCAAACCUUGGCAAAAAAAAAAAAAAAAAACCCUAAAAUAAAUCGGGAUGAGGAAAAGUCAAAGCGAUUCCUUAUCCGUCUAUUGAGGUGAAAAAUUCAUCAGACGGACUCUUGUCGAGACGAUUCCUGAAAGCAUAGAACCACUGAAACCACAUCGAGAAAGAGAAGAAAAAUCUCUUCCUUCGACCCCCUUUCAGAGUGACACACAAAAAAAAACAAAACAAAACAAGUUUGGAAUCGCUUCGCGUCUGUCCUGUUCAACAGAUAUUUGCUGUGGUUUUACGCUUCGGGGAUUGGAGUCCUCCUCAUUGAUCAGUGUGUGACAUCCUGGGCUCCGUUCCUCCGGGCCGCCGGACGGCCGCCGCCCUGCCCCGGAGGAACCGGCUCCGCGUCCGCCGCCGAAACAUUGAAACUCUCGUUUGCCAAAAAAAAAAAAAAAAGAAACAAAAAAAAAAAAAAAAAAAAAGGGGAUACACAACUGAAAGAGUUCAAAAUUUUCUUGCUCACUCUAUCCUGGAGAGUUUACAUGAAGAGUCUUCGCUAAAAGUUCUCAUCAUUCCCGUUUAUUUGUUCGGUCUUUCACAUCUGUUGAGGCCAGGGAUGAAAAAAAUUUAAAAAAUAAUAAUAAUAAUAAUAAGGACGUGGACAGCUGGGACGCAAUGCCACACGUCUGCAGCACAUUUCAGCGUCCCCUCCGAUGUCUUUUAACUCUUCGUACAUACAAACCAAAGAGAAUGGAAAUUCCACGUCGUGACGUCCUCGUGUUCCAGACGCCUGUAGCUACUUUUUAUCUUCUGUUUGACGGCGGCCGUGUCCGCUUAGCCAAAUGACACAUUUAAAGAAAAGAAAAGAAAAAAAAACCCCGCCACUGACACUCCGUCAUGCCGUUUCGUAACACUCCCCGGAGGAUGCGUGGAUUCUGUCUAAAAUGUGCUGCAGACGUACGUCCUCGUCUCGGAACACGCCGCCGCCGCCGCCGCCGCGGAAGUUUGAAUCCCCGCAGUAGAAUAAGCCAAAAGGAAAACAAAAAACAAAAAAAAAAAACCCGUCGCCGCUGCCUGGUGGGGAACAUCAGUUGAUUUUUUUUAUUAGGCUCUUUAUUUCCUUGCGUUUUACAUGUAAGAGAAGAGAAUAAAUGUAAAUAGUUUGAACUCCUCUGAGCGUGAAGCCGGAGGACGCUCCACAGAAAAUGAAUGUGGAUUAUUAAGUGAGACAACACUUGAUCUGUACAAAAAAAAAAAAAAACAACAAAGAAAUCAACGUUCGAUCACUCAUCAUUGGACCAGACGGGGUCUGGUAAAGCGCGGCUCAGUGGGCAGUUUGAACGAUAAGCUCGUAAUCACACACACAAGGCGGAAGGUUUCGACGCAUAAUUCAGUCUUCAAAUUGCCCACUGGCUUUGACAAAGGCUGGACCAAGACAAUAAAACAUAUGCAAGUGUUGUUGUUUUUUUGGUCAAGAAGUUAAAAAACGGCCGAGCAAAUAGGUACAAUUUUAUUGCAGGCUUUAGCAAGAUUUUUUUUUUUUCUUCUUUUUUUUGGGGGUUUUCUUCUUUGGUUUUUAGACCACUUUUCAUGUGAGGUCAGUCUUUUUUGCAUCAUUUUUCCUCCAAAGGAAACAAACUGGCUUUAACAUUUCCAUUUUUUUUUUUAACAAUUCGGUCGAAGAUUUAAGCAGACAGCAGGUCACUUUUCAGUUUUUUGCUUUCAUUUAAAAAAAAUGACAUUUUGUUAGCGCAAAAUGUGGAAUUUAUGGACAUCUCCGUAAAUCUGCUCAAAUUUCGGGCGUUGGAGAGAACGGCUGCCGUCGGCGUCUGUCCGCCGCCUCCAGCUGCUCCCAGAGAUUUCUUCCUUUGUGGUUCAACUGUCAGAUAAAACUUUUAUCGUCGCACAAAGAUUCGUGUCGUCACUCCAGCUGAGAUCGCAGUCUGAACAUAGGCUUAGCUUCGUACGAGCGCCGGAUGAAUCGGUGGAUUCGCGUGUUGACCAGAACUGUUUGAAGUGUCCCGACGGAUGAUUUAUUUAUUUAUUUUUUUAGUGCCUGUUUAACCAAUCAAGACCAUGAUAUGAAGACACACUUUAUUUAAACUCCUGCAGCAAUGGUAGAACAAUAAGUUGCAAAUGACAAUCAAUUGUUGAAGGAUUUGCUUACAUUUACACACACACACACACACACACUCGCGCGUAUAAAAAGAAGUUUUCAUUUGCACUUUUCCGCCAUCUCUUGGUCAGCAUUACAUAUUAUCGGCGCUAACAUUUUUUAACCUUCGAAUGAGAAGAAGCCGAGACGUCAGACUUUGCCUUUGUUACUUUAAUACACACCGAUGCGCCCGAAGUUUAGUCCAGAGUUUGGGAACGGCGAGCGAGGACGGACGAUGCCGUGCCUUCUAACAGCCAGUAGGGGGCAGACCGAUUCAAGAAUAAAUGAAGGACUGAUUUCAACUACUUUUCCAUUUGGAACUUGUACAGCAGGGACUUUUACAUGAUGUUUAUGCUCAGUUCUGUCGAGUACCAUUCUGAGAAUGCACAUAGAUAUGCAGUGUUUUGUUUUUUAUUAUUAUUAUUAUUUUGUUUUUUGUUUUUUUUAGGGCAGACAGGUUUUAUCUGUCAGUUGUAUUUACCACUAAACUGCAUCAGAGCAACAUUUAACCGUCACUGUGCCCCCCGAACCCGUCCCCCCCUCCCCCCAUUCCUUCGGAGCACUGAGCUCGUGUCCUCAAGUCACUCGUCGCUGGCUUUUACGUUUUAAUUAUUUCACUUUUUUUUUCUUUUUUUUUUUUUUCUUCGUGAAUCCGUGCUCCGUUUCACAAACCAGCAGGAAGUGGAAUCAGCCAGAACUCAGGCACGUCUGCUGUGCCUUGAAGCGACUGAGUCACUAUUGGACUGGUUUAAGGUUUUAGGGCUGGGUAUUUUAACGCAAAUCCAGACGUAAAAAAGGAAGAAAGAAAAAAAAAAAAUCAUGUGGGGGACGACGGCAGGAGAAAUCACGCAUUGAGACGCUGUGAAGACACGUUUGGGCACAAACAUACUUGGUGUAUUUAAGUUGUUGUGGUUUUAAUUUCUCGAGGGCGAACCCUGCACAUGGAAGUCGCCCGUUUUUGGGGCCACGGCGGACGCAUUUCUGAGCAAAUUGGCAGCUUUCGAGACGUGAAGGAAACUCGGCAGUGGUCGCAGUGGGAAUGGCUCUCCCGUUUCGAUUUUCCUGAGCGCGUUUCACCCGGUGUCCCUGUACGUCGACGGGACUACCGUAUGGUCAGUCGGUGUUGAAAGUUUAAAAAAAAAAAAAAAGCAUUUUCUGUGUAAGAAACCUCAGUUUUCAUUGACGAACCAAGCACUUUAGUUUCUUUUCAGAUCAUUUCUUAAAACCUUUCGAUGCCUUAAAUCAAGGGUAAUACCCAGCCCUAACGGAGCAGAUCGUUGGAGUCGGCCGUCGUCUCCAUGGCGACCGACUCACUUUUGCAGGAACGAGAACAAUUAAUGGUGCUAUGCUCCCAUUGCUGCGGCCUGCAGGCCCCUUUGUUGUAGAAAGACUGAAACAAAAAAAAAAUCCCACAGAAAGUCCUUCGGUAACGUAGUUUUAUUGUGUAGCACAUGUCCUUCAGAUCUCAGAGAGGUGUGUGUGAGUGUGUGAGCGAGUGAUUGCCGUGUAGCUUCGGUGUCAAUAAGGGAGGUUUCUACACAGUUUACUGCGUGCGUGCGUGCGUUGCAUAGAAAGGUUCUUCCAGAUGUGAAAACUCUCUAUUAUUUUUGUCCCUUUUAUUAUUUUUUUGUUUUGUUUUGUUUUGUUUUGUUUUUUUGUUUAUUUUCGGGGGGGACCAGGUGGAGUUCUAGUUAACAGCAACUGUAGGAUUCAGCUGUUUGCACACAGAGUUCUCGAGUCUACUUUUCGCUGCUAGUUUGUGUGAUUUAUCAAACAUUUUUGAGAAAUAUUUAUUUUUAUAAGCCUAAUACAAAAAGUUGAUAUUUUACAAAGUGACUUGACCAAAAGACAGUAAACAAAAACACUGGCACUUGAAUGUUGAAUGUCAUUGGUAUGAGUGAAAAUUUCUAUUUUUCUGGGGUAGUGUGAGCUUUUUAAUGUUGAAGAUGCAACGCGUGGGGGGGGUUUCUCCCGCGAUACGUCGCCGACGGGACCGACGAUUCCACCCCGCUCGACCACCGAGAUCCCAGCGCUUGCCUCUACAUUUUUGCCGUCGGACACCUUGAUUUUUACGCCAUGCGAUACGGACCCACAGUAUAUUCAGCGGGGCAGGACCAGGGUAGCACUUGCUACCUCCCACACGCAAACAUGGUUUAAGAAAUGCUUUGUUUGAUUUAGUUUUUAAAGUCGGAGGAAAACCUGGCUGGGAUCUUCCCUCCUCGUGGCCGCGACGUACAAAGAGAAACCUCCCUCACUUGGUUACCUUAUAAAGUCACAUUGGACUCAGUAUCCAAUCCACUAAAAGCCUGUCCGUCCGCGUACGGCAGGCUCCAUCGCCAACAACGAUAAUCAGCCACAAGCGGCUGUUUCCAAUUGGCAAACAAAUUUGAGAACAAUCCCACCACAUAUGCCAAGGUUUGGAUUAAAAACAAUAAUAAUUAAUUAAAAAAAAAAAAAAAAACGUUAACGAUCAAAGACCGUUUUGUAAAAAAUAGAAGAAAAAAAAAACAUGCAGUACAAAAAACAAGCAUCCAGAUUCUCUCCAAGUCUGUUUUUUGGUUUUGUUUUUUCUCUCUUUUCCUUUUUUUUUUUGUUUUUUUUUUUCGGAAUCUUUACACUUUUCCUUCUUGUUGAUACCCUUGUUGUGAAUGUCUGGCAAGUGGCGAUUUAAAAAGUCUUCAUAACACAGAAAUAACUGUGGUUUCUAUUGCUAUGUUGUUGUGAUUUGCAUAUUUUCAGGCGGUGGUGUGUCUGUACUCCUACAACAAGGGGGGGGGGGGGGGGGUGAGGGGUCUGGCCAAUCAGAAACGGAGUCUUAAAUGUUACACAAAAAAAAAAAGGGAGAGAUUUCCUCCCAGUUAGCUGAAUUGUGUUUUCACACACUUGUAGCCGUUAUUUCUUGUUACUGACGAGUGAGACGAAGUACAAAUUAAAAAAAUUUCAGCGCGAACUGAAACGACUCGGAGCUCAUUCCUGGACGGCCAGACUCUUCCAGCGGGGAUCCACAGCGGCACCGGCUCGGCCUGCUAGUUAGUAUUUGCUUUAUGUAUUAGUUUAGCAGUUGUGCACGAAGAGCACUGCACGAACAGAAAAAAA